UAUAAAUAAAUAUAUGAGAGAGAGAGAGAGAGAGAGGGCAGAAUGGGGAGAAAGUGUCAUCCUUUAUUGAGGGGAGGAAGGAGAGAAACUAAAUACAGUCAUGGCUUCUCUGCAGCUCAGAUGGAGUCUCUUGCUUGUGUCUGUGAAGCUAUCUUACCUCCCCUACCUUUCAAUUCUCUUGAUGUCGCUCAAAAUCAAGCCCAAACCAACAAGAAGUCCAUUCAAUUUUUUCACAAGGCUUCUGGCUCUCACAAUCCAGUACCUGAUGAGAUUGCAGAGAUGAUAGUGAAAAGGACAUUCUUUGAAGCUGUGAUAUUGCUGAAACUAGUUCUAGCAGUUCUAUCAACAAGGCUGGGGACAUUGUUGCUCUGUGGUUCUCUUUGUCUUUGUGGUGAUAAAUGGCCAUACAUUAAAAAAUUCUCAGAUAUCUCUCUUGAGAAGAGAGAGAAAGUGAUUCAGAAAUGGCUAAGGCAUAGGUUUUUUACUCCCAUCAGACUUGCGUUUGUGUUCAUCAAAUUCUUAUGCCUCUUUGUCUUCUUCUCCCAGGUUGAUGAAAAUUUUGACAAUCCAGCAUGGGAAGCAAUGGGGUAUCAACCAGACACAACUGAAAACUUGUCCAAUGACCAAAAGGAGGAGAGACCUCUUCAAAAACGACUUGUAGAAACCAUACAUGAGACUAAUGACUCAACCCUACUCCAUUCCCUCACUCAAAAAGGCCUUAAAGUCACAAAAGACCCCAAACAAGACCUAUACAAAAUCAAAUGUGAUGUCGUAAUAGUCGGCUCCGGCUGUGGCGGCGGUGUCGCGGCUGCAGUUCUGGCAAGUUCCGGCCGGAAAGUAGUCGUUCUCGAAAAAGGAAACUACUUUACAAAAUCAGAUUAUUCAUCACUAGAAGGACCAUCCAUGAGUCAACUAUAUGAACAAGGAGGGAUUUUCGCUAGUCUUGAUGGGAAAAUGAUGAUCUUGGCAGGAUCAACGGUUGGUGGUGGCUCGGCCGUGAACUGGUCAGCAUCGAUCAGAACCCCGAAUUUCGUGCUCCAAGAAUGGGCCAAGGACUGUAAACUUUCACUGUUUUCAAGCCCUGAGUACCUCUCUGCCCUGGAUGUAGUGUGUCAAAGAAUUGGUGUUACAGAGAAAUGUGUGCAAGAGGGGUUCAAGAACCAAGUGCUCCGUAAAGGGUGCGAAAAGCUGGGUCUUGAUGUCGAGCCAGUGCCGCGAAAUUCCACGGAAGAUCAUUACUGUGGUUCUUGCUGUUUUGGGUGCAAAACAGGAAACAAAAAAGGGACUGAUUCAACUUGGCUUGUUGAUGCUGUGGAUCAUGGCGCAGUGAUCAUAACCGGAUGCAAAGCCGAGCAACUAGUACUUGAGAAAAGCAAUGCUGGAGGGGGGAUAAAAAGAAGAAACAAAUGCUUGGGAGUGAUAGCAAAAAGUCAAAACACAAACAUAGCAAAGAGGCUGCAAAUCGAAGCCGAAGUAACAAUCUCAGCUUGUGGCUCCCUCUUGACACCUCCCCUAAUGCUCGCCAGCGGGCUAAAAAACCGUCACAUUGGGCGCAACCUCCACCUCCAUCCGGUCCUAAUGGCGUGGGGGUACUUUCCUCCAAACUCUGAUUCAGAGCCCAAAGGGAAAAGUUACACCGGUGGGAUAAUCACCUCGGUACAUAAAGUGAUGUCCGAGGAGGACUUCAAUGUCGUAGCCCUGAUUGAAACUCCGACAUUGGGCCCUGGACAAUUCGCCGCAAUAUGUCCUUGGGAGUCAAGACUCGACAUCAAGAACCGGUUGCUCGGGUAUGCGAGGACGGCUCAUUUGUUUUCGAUGAUCAGGGACCAGGGCUCGGGGGAGAUUAGGCAGGAAGGGAGGGUGAGUUAUGAGUUGAGUGAGCUGGACCGGGAAAACAUGAAGGCUGGGUUGAGGCGGGCAUUGAGGAUUUUGGUGGCAGCGGGGGCGGUGGAGGUGGGGACACACCAGAGUGAUGGGCAGAGAUUGAAAUGUGAAGGGGUUAGCGAGGAGGAAUUGGGAGAGUUUUUGGAUAGUGUUUGGGCAGCUGGAGGACCAAAGGCAAUGGUUGAGAAUUGGAACACUUAUUGCUCAGCUCAUCAAAUGGGGAGUUGUAGGAUGGGAGUGAGUGAGAGAGAAGGGGCUGUUGAUGAGAAUGGGGAGAGCUGGGAAGCACAAGGACUGUUUGUUUGUGAUGCUAGUGUUUUGCCUACUGCUGUUGGUGUCAACCCCAUGAUCACCAUCCAAGCAACUGCUUAUUGCAUCUCAAAAAAGAUAGUAGAGUCUUUGGAAAAUAGGGAAGUUCUCUAGAUGUGUUUUCGUUUUCUUCAUUUUCAUAUUUGGUGUUUUAGGAGACAAAAGCAAUAAAUGAUUCAGUAAAAAAAUUCAUUGUCUGUAUCAGUUUCAUUUUUGUGGAAGUAAUAGUUUACAAAUUUUGGAAGUGUAA